GAAGCGCAACCGGGUGAGCGCGCGUUUCCGCCGCGAACCUGCGGUGGGACGCGCGGCUUUCAGGUGCCGGGCUCUUUUCCCAGGUGUCUCGGAGUCGCGCGGAGACAUGAGUGACACCGGAGGCGACCGCGCGCGCCUCAGGCGCUACCCCAAGCUUCCGGUGUGGGUGGUGGAGGAUCACCAGGAGGUUCUGCCUUUCAUAUACCGGGCCAUAGGUUCGAAGCAUCUCCCUGGCAGUAAUAUAAGUUUUUUACAUCUUGAUUCCCACCCAGACCUCCUGAUCCCUGUGAAUAUGCCAGCAGACACUGUGUUUGAGAAAGAAGCACUCUUUGGGGAACUGAGUAUUGAAAAUUGGAUUAUGCCUGCAGUUUAUGCUGGCCAUUUUUCUCAAGUAAUCUGGCUUCAUCCCGCAUGGGCCCAGCAAAUCAGAGAGGGCAAACACCACUUCUUAGUAGGCAAAGACAUUUCUACCACAACCAUCAGGGUUACAAGUACAGAUUAUUACUUCCUAAGUGAUGGUCUAUUUGUACCUGAAGAUCAGCUAGAGAACCGAAAGCCCUUACAGUUAGAUGUGAUUAUGCUAGAACCUUACAAACUCUGUACCAAUCAAGAUGACAGUGACUCUGUGUCUUCUACAAAGAAGCCCAAGCUGGCACUGGGAGGUGGAGAGAGCACUGCCGCAGCUGAUGGGGACUCUUGCUCCGAAGGACAUCGAGGGGACGCAGUGACACCAAGAAGUGACCAUGCUUGCCAGGAGCUGUCCUGCUCAUGCUCAGGAAGCCAGCAGAGCCAGAGUGCAGCCAGCGCUGGGGAGAUUCUGGACAUAUUGAAGACGGGGGAUGCGUUCAUUUUAGAUAUUGACUUGGAUUUUUUUUCUGUCAAAAAUCCCUUCAAAGAAAUGUUCACUCAGGAUGAGUACAACAUUCUUCAGGAGCUUUACCAGUUUAAGAAGCCUGAUAGUAACCUUCCCGAGGAAGAUUUGGUAGAUAUUGUUGAUGCUCGAACUCAUCAGUUAGAAGAUUUAGAAGCAGUUUUUGCUGAUUUGUGUGACGGUGACAGUGAAGAAACUGUACAGAGCUGGGCUUCAAACCCUGGAAUGGAAUUGCUAGUUCCUCUUGUACAGAGUUUGAAAAAACGAAUGGAAGUGCCAGACUAUGAGAUGGUCCAUCAGGCUGGGCUAACCUGUGAUUAUUCAGAACUUCCUCAUCAUAUCAGCACAGAAGAAGAAAUUGAAUAUCUUAUUCAGGCUGUGUAUUUUCUAUUGAAAAGUCUACCAAAACCUACUCUUGUGACGAUUGCAAGGUCGAGUCUGGAUGAUUACUGUCCUCCAGAACAAGUUGACAUGAUUCAGGGGAAGGUCCUUGGUGUGCUGCAGUCACUCUACGGGACUUUGGACACUCACCUGGUGUACUCAGAAGAAUCCCCUGCAAGUUGAGACAGUGCUAGCACUGUCACUGUGUUUGGCAUAGUGACAGGGCUGUUGUUUGUGGCCUCCCAGAGGACACUUUUUAUGUUAGUUCUCAGUUGAGUCUCCAAGCAAGUAUCAGUGAAUACCAAUACAGCACUUGGGGUAGAUGCAGGGGUUCUUGUUUGGUUUUCUUGUUUUUACUUCAAAUCCGUUACCCCGGCUGAUGGAGACUGUCGGCUAUCCUCCUUGCUUCCCAUUGCUGCCUUUGCUUCUGUAAGAGCUUUUUUUCUCUUUCCUCAACAGGACUUUGGAUUAAAUGAGAUUUAUUUAUUUAUUCAUUCAGCUGAUGUUUAUUUAGCACUUUCAUGUGCCAGGCACAAUUAAAGAUAAGAUGCCCUGCCCUCCUGCGGGAGACAUGAGAAGCAAAUAAUGGCCGGCACACAGUCUCAGGGAACAAAGGGAGAACCACAGCUGUGUCUGGCACACUGUCAGUUCUCAGGGCACCCUGCCCUUAUAAGAAAGUACAUUUGCAAAAGUCAUGUAAAAGCUCCUUGCCAGUCCACAACGUUCACAGCAAGUCUGCAUAUCUAAGGAUGUCGGAAUUGUGCCCACACUUUGGCAAUGUUCCCCAGACUUGUUUGUAUACAAGGGGUCUGGGAGAGUAAACCUAAUCAAACAAAA